CCACACCCCUGCAAGAUGUCCUGCUACGACCUGUACCCCUCCUCUGCCUGCGGCGUCCUGCGGCCCCAGCCCCUGGCCGACAGCGGGAACGAGCCCUGCGUGCGGCAGUGCCCCGACUCCACCACCCUCAUCCAGCCUCCCGCCGUGGUGGUCACCUUCCCCGGGCCCAUCCUCAGCUCCUUCCCGCAGGAUUCCGUGGUGGGAUCUGCUGGAGCGCCCGUCCUGGCAGCCUCCGGGGCCUCGCUGGGCUCCGGGGCUCUCUAUGGCUAUGGGGGAUUUGGAUCCCUGGGCUCCGGGGGAUUUGGCUCCGGGGGAUAUGGGGGUUAUGGAUACGGGGGCUACGGAUCCCUGGGCUAUGGGGGUCUGGGCUCCUGGGGGGGGUCCCGGGGUCUCUAUGGCUCUGGCAGAGCCUUUGGCUCUGGCUACUGCAGCCCCUCCUCCUCCUGGUACGGCCGCUACGGCCGCAGCUUCUGGGGCUCCUGCUAA